CAAUUUGAAGAAAAAUAAAGUUAUUAUUAAAACUGAAAUAUCCAAAAGUCAGAAGAUGGCAUUGCGAGGAUUGAGUGCGGUGGCGGUGACGGCGUCAAUACGCCCUCCCGGUCCUCGAUUCAGAGUAGACAGCGGCACAUCAAGGAUUCCCUCUUCCGGAUGCAGAAUCUCGGUGCGGUGUAAAGCUGUCGGAGAAAGCCGACAAGGUUCCUUGGAGGAAACCGUUGUUUAUGAGGGUAUUUAUGGCCCCUGGACCAUUGACGACUCCGAUGUUCGAGAGGUAAUUUUGUACAGAUCAGGAUUGGUAACAGCUGCUGCAUCAUUUGUGGUCGCUGGUUCUGCUGCCUUUUUUCCCGAUACUCUGAAGCAGAAUGUUGAUUUAUUGUAUGUCCUUGGGUCUGGUGGGUUGGGUUUAUCGUUGCUCUUGAUUCACAUAUAUGUGUCUGAGAUCAAGCGCGCCCUACAAGCACUAUGGGGGCUUGGUGUUGUUGGAUCGGCCACAACCUACUUUUGCCUUGCUCAACCAGCUAAUAAGAAUCUAAUACAAUAUGUUGUUGACAACCCAUCAGCUGUCUGGCUUGUCGGUCCUCUUUUUGCUGCCUUGACAGGACUUGUCUUCAAGGAAGGACUCUGCUAUGCCAAGCUUGAAGCUGGACUUCUCACCUUUGUUAUUCCCAUACUUCUUCUUGGCCAUCUGACUGGUUUGAUGGAUGAUGGAGUUAAGCUUACUUUACUUGCUUCGUGGAUGACUCUUUUUGUGAUAUUUGCUGGAAGGAAAUUCACCCAGCCCAUCAAGGAUGACAUCGGUGACAAGUCUGUUUUCAUGUUCAAUUCUCUUCCUGGUGACGAGAGGAAAGCCUUGCUUGAGAAAUUAGAACAGCAAAAAAUUCAGAAUUAAGAUGGAUUGCUUUAACUGGAUGUGGGAAAAUUUUGAAAGGACCAUCUCACGCUCUGUGAGCAAUUAUCCCAUGUAAAAGGAAAUAUUUUCAGCCCCUCCCCUAGAAAUUAAAGAUGAUACCACAGUUACUAAACCACUUUCCCAUGUCUUCCUUGAUCUCUGCAAAAGUUACACUACAUGGUCUAUACUAUACACAUAUAUUUAGGGUCGUUGUCCUGUGCAAAUGAUAAUGCAUGCUUGACUCAGAACCUGCAGAAUGACAAUUUAGUGAAGGUUGGUUUGUGUAGAAGUGUUUCAUUUAGUUCGUUUAUUAAUUAAACAAGUAUUAUAUUAUCAGUACAUGAACUAAACAAAAAGUCUCUAUGAUAAUUAAUAAUUAUGCAUGCUUGCAGUCCC